GUGCCAAUACCAAUAACAACUCAGGGGUUGUAUGUUACUCGUGUGGACAACCUGGUCACAUUAGUCAUCAAUGUCCAAAUCGGCAACCACCUGUUGUUAGCCAGGGACUCCAGGUACAAAAUAAUACCACCACUACAAACCCUAAUAGUUCCGUCUCACAAGAAACCCUCCAAGCUUUAUUGGCCCUAAUUAAUAAUAGUACACCA